UAUUUUAAACACCACGAGAACCUGUGUUGACUUUGCUGUCUGCCUUCUCUUACUGCGCAAGAUUGUGAAGUUUUAUGUUUUCGGGAUUUAAUUGAAAAUACAAUAAUAUUAGAAGUAAAAUAGUCUACUGCUGAAGAUUGAACCAUGGCAAUUUUACUAUUAAAAAACUACAUUUGGUGUUUGUAAUAUGAGCUGAAACGGUUAAACGAAUUAAUGCACAGGUGAAGGACUUCUCACUAAUAAUGACGAGGACGAUUCUCAGUUUAUAGGAACUGACAAGGAGGCUUUAGAACCAUUCAGGGAAUGUAUUCCUCAAGACCUCUGGGCAUUUAAGUGGAGACUCCAAAAACAAAGUAUUAGCAACUGCUUCUAGACAAGCAGCAGCGUAACCAUGCCUUUUAUAGUGAACGGAUUACAUAAAGUGGGACAGCAAACUGAAAGAGUGCUGACUGUUUUUUGGGGGAAUUGUAAACGGCUCCUAUUAAGCUGUCCAGUGCUCAUAGCAAGCUUUUGUUGAUAGUAGGCUACUAAGAGCAAGAGUAAUUUCACUUGUAAAAAAAACGAUAUCAACUUGCAAACACUUGGUCUCUUUUAGUACCUGUCCUACAACAUGCUCCCGUCAUGAAUACAAGCUGUCCAUCCAGCCCAGCGGAGUUCUAUGGGGACUGUUCCUCCCUUUUGUCCCUUGACUCCAGCGUCUUCUACAGUGAGGCCCUUCCGGUGUGCGACGACCCCCUAGACUUCUUCAUCAUUAAUGUAGGUGGCAGCCGCUACGUGCUGUCCCAGGAGCUGUUGGCAUCCUACCCGGAGACGCGCUUGGGCAAGCUGGCUCUGUCCACGCGGGACUCGGCCCUGGAGCUGUGUGACGAUGCAGACUUCCUGGAGAAUGAGUUCUUCUUCGAUCGCAACUCGCAGACAUUCCAGUAUGUGAUGAACUACUACCGAACAGGCCACCUGCAUGUGAGGGAGGAGCUGUGUGUGGUCUCCUUUCUGCAGGAGAUUGAGUACUGGGGCAUUGACGAGGUUGAAAUUCACCCCUGCUGCCGUGACCGCUACUUCCGCCGCAAGGAGCUCAAGGAGAGCAUGGACGUCCACCGCGAGGCCAAGGUUGACGACAUAGAGGACGAGGACUUCUCGGGUGCCGCCUGCCCAGCUUAUCGCCGCCAGCUGUGGGACGUGCUGGAGAAGCCAGACUCGUCACGCGCUGCCCGCACCUUUGGCAUGCUCUCCAUCUUCUUCGUGGUGGCGUCCAUCAUCAACAUGGCACUCAUCUCGCUGGACCUCGGACACCUCGAGGGUGGGGACUUCAACACAGCGGGGAAUCCAACUGGUCCGCCGCUGAUCUUGGACGUGUUGGAAUACGCAUGUGUGGUCUGGUUCACGGGCGAGCUGGGGCUGCGCUUCUUGUGCGUGCGCGACAAGUGUCGCUUUAGCCGAAGCGUGCCCAACGUGAUCGACCUGCUGGCCAUCCUCCCUUUCUAUGUGACGCUGGCCGUGGAGAGCCUCCACGGGGACUCCAGUGAGCUGGAGAACAUGGGCCGCGUGGUGCAGGUGCUGCGCCUCAUGCGGGCCCUCCGCAUGCUGAAGCUGGGACGACACUCCACAGGCCUCAAGUCCCUGGGCAUGACCAUCGCCCAGUGCUAUGAGGAGGUGGGCCUGCUCAUCCUUUUCCUCUCCGUGGGCAUCUCCAUCUUCGCCACCGUCGAGUUCGCUCUGGAGCACGACCUGCCGGGCACCACCUUCUCCAGCGUGCCCUGCGCCUGGUGGUGGGCCACCACCUCCAUGACCACGGUGGGCUACGGAGACAUCCGGCCCGAAACCACCCCGGGCAAGGUGCUGGCCUUCCUCUGCAUCCUGUCGGGCAUCCUCAUCCUGGCGCUGCCCAUCGCCAUCAUCAACGACCGCUUCUCCGCCUGCUACUUCACCCUCAAGAUGAAGGAGGCGGCGCUGCGCCACGGCGAGGCGCUCAAGAGGCUGGCGAGGGGCUCGGUAGGGGACGCGGGCGCCGAUGGGGCGGACGGCAAGGGGGUGAACCUGAGGGACGCGUACGCCCGCAGCAUGAUGGAGAUGCUGAGGUUGCAGGGCAGGGAAAGGGCCAGCACCAAGAGCAGUGGUGGGGAGGAGCUCUGGUGGUAGCACCCCCUCCGAGGGGGGGGCUUCUUGAGUGAUGGUCAGUUAGAGAGAAGGGUCGGGGGGGUAGUGUGGAGGAAAUGCCACUAGGGGCAGGGGAAUAAGUUCAGUGUUAGUUCAGUGUGUGUCACAGAGCUCUGUCAGGACGAUCAGAGGCUGUGGCAAUUUGAAUGUGAAAACGUCAAUGUUCUUAGUCACUGAGGUUUUCACCCAACUCGCUGCAAAGUCCUCUUUUAGUCACACAGUGUCACAAAAAAACAACACUGUCCAAAACUCGUUUAAAUAUAGAAGUAACUUGGGUUCCUCAAACAAAUCACAUUUUUCGCGUUUUGUAAAGAACUUUUGUGUAGAUGCCCUAGUUCAGUCAGACCUACUCAAACCAACCACCCAAAGAAGGUAUAGGCUGAGUGUUAGAAUCUAAGAUAUGAAUAUAAAUUGGACCAAUGGACUUGACAUUCAUCCCAUCCAUGUUCAACUCUUGGCAGACUCGCUGACUCAACAUGGAACGUUACUACCAGGAGAACCAGCUAGAACUGAACAGGUUCCCAGCCCACUGCCUGAACUUGCCUCAAAUGUAGAAAAGCCUGAUAUACUCCUGGGUGUGCUUUUUGAGCUGUACAUUUGUCCAGGAUAUGUAAGUGAACAGCUCACUUGUAACAGGCAACCUUCAGUAUAGUUCAAGUAUUGAAGAUCCUUCUGUGGCUUGAUAAAAGGAAAAUGGAUGAAUAUAGCUGACAGAAGAUGUAUUUUUCAGAACUAAAGGGUAUGAGUCUUCUAUGUGUGAACUGCAACUGAUAUGUGAGUGAAAUAUCACAAGUUUGGGUGAAAAUUGUAUAUUUCAUCAGUCAGACAAUUGAAAAUCAAUAUGAGUGUUUGAAAAGUGUUGCAUUGCAUCUCUGAAGUGUGUAAAACAAAUGUGUUACAUGGAAAAAGCCCACAAUAUAAUCAAAGUAAUGGAUACUGGUUGCAAUUUUUUUUACACAAAACCUCUUUAGCAAUGAUUUUUAUGAAGUAAUCACAUUGGCAGUAAUAAUUUUUUUAGAUGCAAAUUCAAGACAUUCAGGAGUUUCAAUUGACAGAAGACACUGCAUUAUUGACGUACACUAUUUGCAACAAGGCACAAUUGUUGUCUCUUUGGAGAGAUCACAGCAUGAUAUUUCUGUCUGUGAGAAAGGUUUUUCGUGGUGUAACAGAAAGCCCUGGAGAGAGAAUAAAAAAGUGUGUGAGAAGACAGGAACAACACAGA